AGUUCUAUCAGCUGGUUCCUUUCGUGCAGUGUACUCGUGUAAAUAAAUAAUUUCAAAUAAAAUUGUCAAAUAAAAAGAAACCUUGCAAACAGUUGUUAUCGUUCGUUCUUAUUUUUUAUUAUAACACUGUAAAAAAAUCAUAAAGAAUGAUUAUACAAUCAUUUUUGAAUAAUCUACCUUAUUUGGAAUAAAGUAAAACAUUAAACAGUUGCACAAAAACAGUACAAUUUUUUUAACAAUGUUUACUGAUCGGUCACUUGAUGCUGUAAGCUUUGAUUCACAAGUAUCAUCUACAAAAUCGGAAUUGUCGACAAAUGUACAAACAACGGAGAUUAGUUAUAAUGAGAAUCUGGUACAAACAGUUGAAACAAGGAGCAUCGAGACGCAGACUACUGAUGAGAAGAAGACAAAACCAAAUGUAGACUAUGAUAAAUUGGCUCAAUUUUUAAAAAGAGUUACACCAAGUAUAAUAGAAGCUUUAGAUGAAUCAUAUGGAACUAAUGCUUUUGAGGAUUAUGAUUCAAAAACCAAUGAGGAUACUUUUACAAGCACCCAGCUCCUGCAAAAAAUUAAUACUACUAAUGAAGCUGAGUCUCAUAUGAAAGUAACGGAUAUGUGUUGGAGCAUUGGGGGAGGAAUAUUGGCUGUCUCUCAAGGUGCUUCUUAUCAUGAAACAUGGUGUGAUCAUCUCUCUAAAAUACAAUUGUACAAUCAAACAAAAGAUGGUAUUUUCAUGGACAGUCCAAAUAAAAUAUUAGAGACAAAUGCAUGUGUUACAACAUUAGCUUAUCAUCCAACUGAACCAUCUAUUUUAGCGGUUGGCCUAUUCAAUGGUGAUGUCCUUGUGUGGAACCUGAGGGAUGAUGUGUCAGUCACAUCAAUAUCAGUUUGUACCCACGGUGAUACCGUAUCUCAAGUGUAUUGGAAAAAAAAAUCAUUAAAUGAUGGGUCUUUGCUUGUAAGUUCCAGCAAAGAUGGAUACAUGUUUAUUCAUAAAAUAGUAGCUAACUUUACUAUUGCUGACUUAUAUACAAGAUUGAAAAUAGCUAAAGAACAUAACCCAAUAGAAAAUGUAAGACCACGAAGUGCUGGUGGAACCCGCGAACGUGCAGAGGAAUGUGGAUUAUGUAUCACUACAUUCGAUUUCUCAUCUUCAGAUCCUAUAUUUUUUAUUGCUGGUACUUUAUGCGGUGGAAUAUACAAAUGCAGUAUACAUCGCGUUGCUCCUAUUGAAGGAGACGAAACUCUAGUCGACCCUGUGAUAGAUGAGUAUGAGAGGCAUAAUGGUAGUAUAACUUGUAUCAAAUUCUCUCCUAUUCGUAAUCUAUUCGUUUCAUCUGGCACAGAUAAGGAAAUACGUAUAUACGAUUUUCAAGAGCAUACAUGUCUACGAGCGAUUUCCUUCGAAAAUACAAUUGUGGGAUUAACGUGGAUGUUGGGAAAUUCAGAUGUAUUGGCAACUUAUGGUGCGGGUUCGAAUAUAAGAUUGUACAAUGUCACCGAUGGUAGACCUGUAACCACUAUAAAGUUUGAAGCAUCCGACAGAGAAAAUACAAGCUGCUUACGCGUGAAUUCUAAGAAAGACUUGGUGAGCAUUGGUGACACUAAAGGGAAUGUAGAAAUCUGGAAAAUUCCACGACAGUUACUUUAACGUGAUUUUAAUAAACUUUGUAAUAGAUUUUCUUUAUAUAACUAGAAAAUUAUACUGCAAGUAUAUAUAUAGUGUUUUUAAAAUAAGUGUCACGUAAUUUAUCAAAUAUAUUGCAUUUUGAUAUAAAAAUGUUUAUCUUUAUUUUUACUUCGACAAAUAUAAUACUUGCUAAAAUUAAAUCACGAUGUUAGUAACGAGUAGUAUAUCGAAUAUUCCGUGUCCAAGACUUAAAUAUCACAAUAACUUUGAAGUGAGUGUUCCGUUACGUUUAUAGCUGUACACGUCGAUCAUAAAAACGCGUGCCAAAAGAAUGCUCACGAAUUUCGAGAACUAACAGAAAUAUUUGGAGAAUCGAAAACUGUCAUUUAUUAAAUUUUUAGUACGGU